AGUGAGUGUCAGUGACGAAAGCACUAAAGACGCGCAUUGAGUACCCUUGUCAAACAAACCACGUGUGAUAUUGUGAUGUUUGCUAGUUCAACUCCCCUGUGUGACGGGAAGUCUGAUGCAGGAGGAGGAGUGAACCACGGCGUUUGAUCGGGCGAUUGAGGAAAGGGAGGAGAAACAGGAGGGGGCUACACAGGCACGCAGGAAACCGAUCGUAGAGUAGGCGCCGGUUACACGCGAAGAGACUAGUCCUCUUUACAACAAUAGGUUUAACAUUAUUCACUUAAAACAACAAUUUAAAUUGACCAGAGUAAAAUGGGGAGAGGUCCGUGGAGGAAUCAUGUGAAAUGGAUUUGCCUUUUAAUAAUUUCUAUGCAAGCAUCCUACCAUUGGGUCCAGGCUCAGCAUUGCGUGUGGUAUGGAGAGUGCCAGACAGUCCCAAAUACAGAGGAGAAGAAGUUUAACUGCAACUACACAGGGCCACCUCAGCCCUUGGUCCAGGAGGGUUAUGAACUGGUGCAGGAACUGUGCCCAGAUUUUUUGAAUGGCACUGGCAAUGUUAGUCUCUGUUGUGAUGUUCAACAACUUAAGACCCUCAAAGGAAAUCUUCAGCUUCCUCUCCAGUUUCUCUCCAGGUGUCCAUCUUGCUUCUAUAACUUAAUGAACCUGUUCUGUGAGUUAACAUGCAGUCCUCGUCAGAGUGAUUUUGUUAAUGCCACAGAUUUUGAGCCCUACGUGGAUCCUGUCACAAAAGAAAACAAAACCAGUGUCACUGCAGUACAGUAUUACAUUGGAAGCACAUUUACAAAUGCUAUGUAUAAUGCCUGCAAAGACGUUGAGGCUCCUUCUAGUAAUGACAAAGCAUUGGGGCUGUUGUGUGGGAAAGAUGCCAAAGACUGCAAUGCCACUAACUGGAUCCAGUACCUGUUCAGCGUAACAAAUUCACAGACGCCAUUUCCAAUCAAUCCCAUCUUUUCAGAUCUCCCAGUUGAAGGAAUGAGUCCUAUGAACGAUGCUACAAAAGGCUGUAAUGAAUCCGCGGACGGCAGUUCUGGGCCCUGCAGCUGCCAAGACUGUUCUCUUGUUUGUGGACCCAAGCCUCAACCGCCUCCUCCCCCAACACCAUGGACAAUAUUUGGCUUGGAUGCCAUGGUGGUGAUCAUGUGGAUCUCCUACAUGGUGUUUCUCCUGAUUUUCAUCGGCGCAGUCCUGGGAGCUUGGUGUUACAGAAAAAGAUUAAUCAUGUCGGAGUACGGACCUAUUCUCGACAACAAUUCUCUUAAUUCAGUCAACAGAGACCGUGAACAUCAAGGUCAGACCUCGUGCUGUGAAACCAUCGGUGAGAGAUUUGAGAACUUCUUACGGCUCAUCUUUACCAACUGGGGGUCCUUCUGCGUCCGGCACCCAUUGCCUGUCGUACUGUGCACGCUGAUCUUCAUUGCCAUCUGUUCUUCUGGCCUGGUUUAUAUGAAGAUAACCACCAACCCCGUGGAUAUCUGGUCAUCUCCCAACAGCCAAGCACGCAAAGAAAAAGACUACUUUGACUCGCACUUUGGGCCCUUCUUCCGCACAGAGCAGCUCAUUAUUACUGCCCCACAAAGCAAAGUUACAAUAUACUCGCCCUACUUUGGAGGAUCAGAUGUACCAUUUGGCCCUCCAUUGGACAUAAGUAUCCUGCACCAGGUGCUGGACCUUCAGGAUGACAUUGAGAAGAUAGAAGCCACAUAUGAGAAUGAGACUGUUAUGUUGAGUGAUAUCUGCCUGGCACCUCUUGCCCCCUAUAACAAUAACUGCACUAUUAUGAGUGUCCUGAACUACUUCCAGAACAGCCACUCUGUUUUGGAUCACAGUGUUGGGGAUGGCUUUUGGGUCUUUGCCGAUUACCAUACCCACUUCCUCUACUGUGUCAAGGCUCCUGCUUCUCUAAAUGAUACUAGUAUGCUCCAUGACCCUUGCUUGGGUACCUAUGGUGGGCCAAUCUUCCCUUGGGUGGUUCUGGGAGGCUAUGACAGUGACAAUUACAACAAUGCUACAGCUCUGGUGAUCACCUUCCCUGUGAACAACUACCACAAUAACACAGAGAAACUGAACAAAGCCCUGGCCUGGGAGAAAGAGUUUGUCAAAUUUGUGAAGAAUUACAGUAAUCCCAACCUGACCAUUUCUUUCAAUUCUGAGAGGAGUAUUGAAGAUGAAAUAAACCGUGAAAGCAGCAGUGAUGUCAGCACCAUUGUCAUCAGCUACGCCAUUAUGUUUGCCUACAUAUCCAUUGCCCUGGGACACAUCAAGAGCUGUCACAGACUGCUGGUGGACUCUAAAAUCUCCCUGGGGAUUGCUGGUAUCCUCAUUGUGCUCAGUUCUGUUGCCUGUUCCCUCGGUAUCUUCAGUUACGCAGGAAUUCCCCUCACACUCAUUGUCAUUGAAGUUAUCCCGUUCUUGGUGCUGGCUGUUGGUGUAGACAAUAUAUUCAUUAUUGUCCAGACCUAUCAGCGAGAUGAGCGGUUGUCUCAGGAGGAGCUUCACCAGCAGAUUGGUAGAAUUCUUGGCGAUGUGGCGCCCAGUAUGUUGUUGUCCUCAUUCUCUGAGACUGUUGCCUUCUUCCUGGGUGCGUUAUCCACCAUGCCUGCCGUGCGCACCUUUUCCCUGUUUGCGGGGCUGGCAGUGUUUAUUGACUUCCUGCUUCAAAUCACAUGCUUUGUGAGCCUGCUGGGUCUGGACAUCAAGCGACAGGAGAGCAAUCGCUUGGAUAUUCUGUGCUGCCUGAAACAGGAGGAGGGCACUGAAGAAAAAUCUGAUGGAUUUCUUUUCUGGUUUUUUAAAACCCUCUAUGCCCCAUUCAUACUGAAAGAGUGGGUGCGGCCUAUUGUGGUAGCAUUGUUUGUUGGAAUUUUGUCCUUUAGUAUUGCUGUGGUCAACAAAGUGGAGAUUGGCUUGGACCAGAAACUCUCAAUGCCUGAUGAUUCAUAUGUGCUGGAUUAUUUUGAGUCCUUAAGCACAUACCUCCACUCUGGCCCGCCAGUGUACUUUGUAGUAGAGGAAGGCCACAACUACACUUCACUGGAGGGACAGAAUAUGGUGUGUGGGGGAGUUGGCUGCAACAAUAACUCUCUGGUACAGCAGGUCUUCACGGCUGCAGAGAUCGACAACUACACAAGAAUUGGCUUUUCCCCCUCCUCCUGGAUUGAUGAUUACUUCGACUGGGUUAAACCCCAGUCAACCUGCUGCAGAUAUUACAACACUACAGUACAGUUUUGCAAUGCUUCAGUGGUAAACUCGUCCUGUGUCCGUUGCCGCCCUUUGACUGAUGAGGGGAAGAAGAGACCGCAAGGAGAAGACUUCAUGGAGUUUUUGCCGAUGUUCCUGUCUGAUAAUCCCAACCCCAAAUGUGGAAAAGGGGGCCAUGCAGCAUAUAGUUCUGCAAUUGACCUGAUAAACAAUAAAACAGAUGUAGGAGCCAGCUACUUCAUGACCUACCACACUGUACUGAAAACCUCCCCAGACUUCAUAGACGCAAUGAAGAAGGCACGCAGUUUAGCAGAUAACAUAACUGAAUCUAUGGGGCUCACAGGCAAAGACUAUCGGGUCUUUCCUUACAGCGUGUUUUAUGUGUUCUAUGAUCAGUACCUGACCAUUGUGAAUGACACCAUCUUCAACCUGGGCGUGUCGCUGGCUGCUAUCUUCAUAGUGACCGCGGUCCUGCUGGGUUUUGAGGUCUGGUCAGCUGUCAUAGUAGCCCUGACUAUCGCCAUGAUCAUUGUCAACAUGUUUGGAGUGAUGUGGCUCUGGAGCAUCAGCCUGAAUGCCGUCUCGCUCGUCAACCUAGUCAUGAGCUGUGGAAUCUCGGUGGAGUUCUGCAGUCACAUAGUUCGAGCCUUUUCUGUCAGUACAAAGACAACCCGAGUGGAGCGUGCCGAGGAAGCACUGGCUUACAUGGGCUGCUCAGUAUUCAGUGGUAUUACUUUGACCAAGUUUGGUGGCAUCAUUAUCCUGGCUCUUUCUAAGUCACAGAUAUUCCAGAUCUUCUACUUCAGAAUGUACCUGGCCAUUGUACUACUGGGAGCUACCCAUGGCUUGAUAUUUCUUCCUGUGCUUCUCAGUUAUAUAGGUCCACCAGUAAAUAAAGCAAAGGUCCUGGCUGCAAACAACCAUUACAGAGGCACAGAAAGAGAGAGGCUCUUGAACUUUUAACCGUGGCGGUAACAGUCAUUUUUUUAAGAUGCUACAUUUUACUUUUAACUGAACUGUGGAGCAGCUUUGAGAUCCAUGAACCACUGACUCUGAUGCAGAGUGUCUAUGAUUACCUUCACACUAAUACACCAUUAAAAAGAGACGCCAGGAUACUCAUCGCUUUGCAGUUAAGAAGCAUAGGUAUUGCAAGAGGUCAAUUACCUAACAGGUUUGGCGACUCAUUUUGUACUGAUUCUGGAGUCUUGUCAAGUUCUUGUUUCAAUUUAACUUUUUAUUUUGCUCACUCACGGCCAUUUGGGGUUUUUAUACAGCCAUUGAUCAGGGGGGGGGGGGUUAUAAGCUAAAGUUCCAAGUGUGGGCAUCUGAGAGAUCUGCAUCAAAUGCACUAAUGUCUUCAAAAAUGCAAAACCAAUGCAAUUUCUUUUCAUUAAUAUUUCUGGGGGGAAAUACCAAAAUGCCAACAAGUUCCAGCUGGAGAGACCAGUGCACUAGUAUCUUUUACUACUUGCCAGAACACAUAAAAAGAGUGUAUAUAUACAUAUAAUUUUAUUAAGCAGGAAAGCAUUUUUAUAUAUAAUGAAAUCAGAUACUGAUAAAGCUCAUUAGCUUUUGAUCAGAUACAAUAAAUUAAGUGUACAGCCUAACUUUAAACACAGAGAGCUCCAAGACAUGUUAGUUCAUGAUGCUGUGAGCUUCAUUAGUGCUUCCCCUCCGAAAAUGUGCUUGAAGUAAGCAACAUGUUCCUCGCAGUGCUCGCCUAUAGGAAAUAAAGUUACAGUUACUUCUGUUCUCUGUACUGAUGGGCAGCAUCUACUUGAUCACCCUAGCCUAGACUAGAAGAUGCCUGUAGGGGGCGAUGAUAUGUAUUUUUUUAUUGUAUGAGCUGCUUUAGGCAAAACCGAUGAAUGACUUUGCUGCCCAGUCAAGGUGGGAUCAUAGUAAAGCAUGAAUUUCAACUAAUUUGAACGAAAACAGUUUUGAAAAUCAUUGUAAAAUUGUAUAAUGCUCUAAACUUUUUUUUUUUUUUUUU